UGACGGCCGUUAAAGUGGGCGUGGUUUUAACCGGAAGCUGACCUUUUUAAACCGGAAGCUGAGCUGUCAGUUGUGUUUUGGAAGUUGGUGGUCACGUGAGCUGCCGUCGUCAUCAAGAGAGCGAGUCCAGACAUGGCGGCGGAGCCUGCGUUCAAGGUGAUAUUUGAACACGAGGGAGUCUUCCUUCAUCCCAGCAGCGAUGAGGAGAUCGAGCCAGACUUCCUGGUUUCAGGAACCCUCCGGAUCCUCGACAAGGACGCCGAGAUUGUGGUGGAGUACAGACCUCUGGAGGAUGCCGUCGACCCCUCAAACAUGCUCUGUGCUGGGAAGGACUCAAGCUCGGUGGUGGAGUGGGCUCAGUGUCCGGGGGACCGUCCACAGUCUCAGCAGCUGUUGGAGGCUCAGCUGAGCUAUGAGACAGAGUGGGACAUGGUGAACGCCGUGUCGUUCAGGAAGAGGCGGAGCUCCAACAUGGAGGGUUCUCUCAACAGCAGCCACGAGAGGAGCCGCUGGGCCUUCGCCUUCAGCGUCAGUGACCUCCGCUCCGUCACGGUGAGGGAGGAGGGCUGGACCUUCAUCAUCCUGCAGCUGAAGGACUCUUCCACCCCGUUGCCACAUCUGCACUUCCACCAGGGCGGCAGCAGAGCGUUCCUGGACAGCCUGAGGAGGUUCGCUCUGCUCACAGAGUCUCCCAGCGACCACACGUGCCUGCUGGUCAGCACGCCAAACAAAGCUCUGUCGCAGUCCUUUGAGAACCUUCUGGACGACAACAACUUCGGCCUGGUUCACAAGUUUAAGCGGGACCCGUACGUCACCACGCUUGGCGGCUUGUCCAAAGUCACAAACUAUUUAUUCGACGCGCUGCGGGGACAGGAGCAGCAGCAGCGCCCCCCGGAGGAGGUGGCCGAUCUGCUGGGGGAGGUCAUCCCGGGGCUGGAGAUCAACCAGCAGGAGGAGCCGGGCUUCGAGGUCAUCACCAGGAUCGACCUGGGCGUGAGGCCCGAGGUGAGCAGGAAGUCGCCGCUGACUGCAGACGACUGGGCACGACACCAGGACGCAGACGGGAGGAUGAAGGACGUCCCAGACCUGAAACACGCAGUCUUCAAGGGGGGUCUGUGCCACGCCCUCAGGAAGGAGGCCUGGAAGUUCCUGCUGGGCUAUUAUCCCUGGGAGAGCACGCACGAGGAGAGGAAGACCCUGCAGAGAGAGAAAACUGAUGAAUACUUCAGGAUGAAGCUGCAGUGGAAGUCUGUGAGCGAGGAGCAGGAGAGGAGGAACUCCAGACUGAGAGACUACCGGAGUCUGAUCGAGAAGGACGUGAACCGAACAGACCGAACAAACCGCUUCUACGAGGGCAUCGACAACCCGGGCCUGGUCCUGCUGCACGACAUCCUCAUGACUUACUGCAUGUACGACUUCGACCUGGGUUACGUUCAGGGCAUGAGCGACCUGCUGUCACCCAUCCUCUACGUCAUGGAGAACGAGGUCGAUGCCUUCUGGUGCUUCGUGGCCUUCAUGGACCAGAUGCAUGAGAACUUUGAGGAGCAGAUGCAGGGCAUGAAGACUCAGCUCAUCCAGCUCAGCUCGCUGCUCAGGCUGCUCGACCUCGCCUUCUGGAACUACCUCGAGUCUCAGGAUUCAGGAUACCUGUACUUCUGCUUCCGCUGGCUGCUCAUCAGGUUCAAGAGGGAGCUGAGCUUCGUGGACGUGCUACGGCUUUGGGAGGUAAUGUGGACCGGGCUGCCCUGCGAGAACUUUCACCUGCUGGUGUGCUGCGCCAUCCUGGACUCGGAGAAGCAGAAGAUCAUGGAGGAGAACUAUGGCUUCAACGAGAUCCUGAAGCACAUCAACGAGCUCUCCAUGAAGCUGGACAUCGAGGAGAUCCUGCAGAAAGCUGAGGGCAUCUGUCUGCAGAUCAGGAGCUGCAAGGACCUCCCUCGCCCUGUCGCCACCAUCUUGGGCUUUGAUGUCGAGUCUCGCUGUGCGGACUCAACUGGUUGCGGUUCGGCGCUGGCUUCCGGAGCGGCUCGGCGGGAGGGCGGCAUCUCCAACGGACACUUGAGAGAAAGCAGCUGCAAGCAGAGCGGCAGAGGGGCCUUCGUAUCGUAGUAAAGAGUGGAGAUGGACUGUGUGUGGGCGGGGUGAAUCUGUGGCCCUGCCUCACUGGAGGAGGGGGCGUGUGUAAAAAGAUUAUUGAGAAUCUUAUUUUUGUAAUUUCUUGUAUCGUGGGGCUCUAAUUCAGGCAUUCCUCCGCUCCAAUCUGAAGCCUCAUUCAUCCUGAUGAAGAGGAGGCGGAGCCAACCAGUGACGGAGCAAUCAAUUUGUUGGCUCCACCUCCCGAAGAUGGGGGUUAGGGUGGAGCAGCUGUCUGGCCUUUGGUUUGAAUGAGGUUUUAGAUCCAGGAAGCUCCGCCCACAAGAGCCCUGAUUGGCUGUGCAGUGACAGAGGGAGGAGCUCUUUCUGUUGGAUGAUGGCACUCGCAUUAUUCGCCGACAGGAGGCGCCUGUGUUCCUCUUCCUGUCGGCGCUAUGUUUUUCUCUAUACUGAGAUCAGAUUAAAGACUCCACGUCAUCAGCUUCUGUCUCCAUGACGACGGCGAACAAACCAAAGAAAUAAAGUUUGUUUCCUGCAGCGUGAAA